UCAAUAAUUUGCAAAAUUUCAGUGAAUCGAUUGGAAUUAGUUUUAUAAAAUCAUUUUAUUUAAUAUUUUCAUGUAAAAUGUACAAAAUCACACACUUUGAUAAAAAACUGUGUCAGCUGCUAAGACAUCACCUGGAUUUGGUGGACGAAAAUGUCUGUGACAUCUACUCAAUAUGGAAUUUUUGUCCCAGAACACGAUGGAAAGCAUUUAAAAGUUUUUUUGGAGGCGAAUAUCUUUGUCGGCCGCAAUAUUUUCCGAUUAUAUAUUGGUUGGUGCUAAUAGUCAGUGUCUUGGGUAGUGUCUAUAGUCUCAGGGAAUUCACUUCCUUGUUUUGGAGUGAACGCAAACAAGUCACCAUGUGGCGCCAGCGAACGUUUUAUGUUCUGCCACCAACUGUCCUGCGUAAGUGUCGUUUGGUGGGCGCUUUAAUAAUGUUAAAUACCUGGCUGUUGCUGUGUUAUGCUGUGGUCAAGGUUUCUCCCUCACACAUGACACCUUGGCUAACCAUAAAUAUGCUGGUUUUGGGCUCUGAAUUAAUCAUCUGGAUUACCGAGGUAUUUUCAGGUGUUUGCAAAUUGGAAUUGCAAACGCUGUGCUCAUUUGUCUUGGCCAUAGUCAAUUAUUUGUUUGUGCGCUGUGUGCAAAGUGUCUUUCAAAAGGCCAUUGAAAUGAACGAUGUGGAAGAUUUAAGAUUAUGGAAAAGUUUCUAACAACCGCACGUAUAUCAUAUUUGCAUAUUUUGUUCAUUCUUUACUAUAAGUGUUUAAAAUAUAUAUUGAAUUUUCAAAUUACUUUUUAAUGUUAUCCCUCUAAAACGAGCAAAAAUGUAAAUGCUUUUACUUUAAUAUUUAAUUUUGUUCUUUUCGGGGAAUUCCAUUAAAUUGUUAGAACGGAAGUAUGUAAUACAUAUAUUUCAUUUUAAUAUUUCAAUGCAAUUUUUGUCCAUGAAUUACUUACAUUUAUGAAUGCUCGUGCUAUAAAAAAGGCCACUUCCGCUUUGCACAUCGCAUCGAAUUGCUGGGGAGAAAUGAAAA